AUGGCCUUGUCAACUAAAGGAGUCAGAAUAUCCUACACCCAAGCUGGUUCGCCGUGGAACACCGAAGACAACGACUACUAUUACGACCCGCUGGAACCCGAGAUGCUCCGGCCGAAAAUCGUUACGGAAAGUCAGGAGUUUUCCACACACCCUGGCGAGGAUAUUACCUUGCCAUGUGUCGUUGAUCGGGAGUGGCAUAGUCUGGUGUGGCGACGUGGUGGAAAUAUCCUGUGGGUGUUGCAAAACCACGAGGGAAACCUCCUGUUGCAGUCUGUCACGCGAGACGAUCGCUUCGGCCGCAACGACACGUCCCUCACCAUCAAGAACAUCGACGCCACUGACGAAGGGACUUAUACGUGCGAACUCAGCGAGACUGUUCCUCCAAGAAAUGUUAGUCACGUCCUCAAGGUCAGAGUGCCCCCUGAAGUGAUGUCAACGAAUAGACGCAGUGUCAUGACAAUCAAAAUGGGCAGAACUGCUAUUCUCGGCUGUAAAGCAACUGGAAACCCUGAGCCUAACAUAACGUGGACUUACGAGUACCGUUUGCUCUCAAAUACCCUAUCCAACCAUAAACUAACGAAGUGCAACCACCUACGUAUUUCAUCCACAGACCCGCCUGUAGUGGAAGCUCGGGAGCCGGAAGUGUACAUAGGCGUAGGUUACAGAAUUACGUUAGCUUGCUUUGUCUACGCCCAGCCCCGUGCCCAGGUUAAGUGGUACAGGAAAGGGGGCGUGCCAAUCGAUCCUAUGAGACUCAUGAGGACGGUCAACAGUGAUAACAGAUAUUCACUACAGUUCUCUCGAGUGAAUUUUGACGAUUUAGGAGGUUAUACCUGUAACGCCACGAAUUUCAUGGGCAAUUCUUCAGCUUCAGUAAGACUCACUGCUAGACCGAAACCUGUUAAAUUCGUGAGUCCUCAUCAGGGAGAUAUGGAGACCAACUAUACACUCAUUUGGGAAGUUGAGUCGUAUCAUCCGGUUUUAGCAUAUGAUAUUGCUUAUAGGAAUGACACCGACGAGGAGGACCAGUGGAUCACCUUCACGGUCCCCGGCACGACGUCGUCCACCAAGUACCACUCGAUGAGUCACACUUUCACGGACCUCGAGCCAGGGUCAGCCUACUACGUCCGUGUUGUGGCGAGGAACGAGUACGGACGAGGGGAUGCCAAUGAGUCUUUUGCCUUCACGACGUUAGAUUCUGCCGGCACAGACAGUCCCACAUACGCCCAACCGAGUGGGGAAGAAUCAGCCGAGGAAAACAACCCAUUAGAAGACAACGUUUCAGAGGCGAAUGAAGACGUCGUUUCCAAAGAGAUCCAGAAGACGUCAGUGGCAGCCAGUGAAGCCUUAGUUAAUCAAACAAACUCAGAAGAUAUUUCAAGAAACGAAGUAUCUGUUGCAGAAAAAACUGUGAUCCACGAUGACACUUCAGCUGCGAAUGAACUGAGUCCAAAGGAGAGAAAGAUGCAGCUGAUGGCCCUCGUGACAGCAAUCAGCUUGUCAUCUUUUUUCUGAUAAUUUGCUAUGAGGUGAAGCAUGGGUUACGUCAAGGUUGUGAGGAGAAUAGUCUUCAUUCCAGGCCUGGAUAUGUAUGUCGCUGGAGGAGGCUUUGACCUGCCCUACGAGUAACAUCUCUCGUGGAUCUUCGGGCGCUAGAAAUAAAAUUACGAUUUGACGUUUCCUUCCAUUCAUUGUAAAUUUAUAUGACAUCGUUAGACACACACACACACACACACACACACACACACACACACACACA